UCUAUAUUUACGAUGACUUCAUUAAAAUAAUGUUUGAUAAAAAAUGUUUACAGUCUAUCAUGAACUGUUGGCUUAUUCUGAUCACGUGUAUUUCAUCUACUGCUUUAUGUCAAUUGAAUACAAAGGAACAAUGUUGUGAAAAUGUGAAAAAUGAGCUUGAUAAAGUAUUACAAAGUUACAGAAAUCCGCCCAAUUUUACAGUUCCCGAUGAAUUUACUGAUAUUAAAAAACUUAUAAAUAAAACAAACCUAAUUGUCUCCAAAAUAAAGAAAUCUGAUCAACUCAAGAAGAAAUUAGAUAACGUUGAAGAUAAUAUAAAUAAAACAAGAGAUGAAUUACAAUUAAUUAAAAAAGGUGAAAAGUUAUUAGAGAAAAUUCAAGAAAAUUUAAAUAAAUUAAAAGAAGAACAAAAUUUAGAAACUAAAACACAAGAUGAAUGUUCAAAAGCUAAAGAAAAAUUUAAAAUUUUAAACAAAGAUUUUGAAGAACUAAAGAAACAAAACAAUACUAUUAAACAAACAUUUGAAUACAUUGUUUUAAAUAUAAACAAAAUAAACGAAAAAAGUUUACAAAUUAAACGUAAAGUUGAAGAUGUUAAAGUCCCAACAGAUUUAUCAGAUGCAUACAUGUGUGAAACGUUUAAAAAUAUGAUUGGUACGAGCGAUAAAAUUAAAAAUCUACUGCAACAAAUUCGAGAUAAUAUUCGAUCUAAUUUGAAGGAUUUCAUAAAAAAAUUGAAAACGGACGAAUUCGAAAAAUUGGAAGAUAUUAAAAUAACAAAGAAAGAAUUGAAACAAGAUAUUAAAAAAAUUACCAAGCACUUAGAAAAAGCUAUUAGAUUAAAGGAGUUAGUGGAUACAAAGAACCAAAUAAAAAAAGAUUUGGAAAAUAUUAAAAAACUUGCUUAUCAUUUGUUGACUAAUGGUGUAUGUGAUUUAAAGCAAGGGGUAAUAGUUGAAAACUGAAAAGUUGUUUCAAUGUUACAAAAUAACAAUAAGAAAAACGAAAAUAAACUUAAG